AUGCCUUCUACGUUCCGAGCUUCGCGCUCAGGGCGGCAUCUUGACGGCCCCAACCGCACCCGAAACGGCCAAAUUGACCACGAUGUCUUUGAAGGAUUGCCAGUACGGCGCUGGUCGAAACAACCACACACCUUCUCCCAAGCUCCCAAGCUCGAAGAUUCCGAUUUUGGCGUCCAGGGCCCAGGCGGAGGACCAACUCUACCAGAGCUCCCCAUGCCAAGAGACAGCCAGCUCCUACCUCCAAUCAGUCGCGCCCUUCUUCGAGCAGCCCGUGCUGGAUGUGUCCAUAUUCGUCAGAGUAGUCGCGCGGCCGACGAGGAAGAGAAGAGCGUGGCUGACGCAGAGGACCCGAAUUCAGUCAAUGCCCAUGCCGCCGAUCGAAGCUUCACAACUCGCAAGUGGCUGACGCUUCCUAAGCACUUGGAGCCUGCGGAGGUCGAGUUUUUGGCGAAGAGACGGCCUGGUCUUCCUUCCUUGUAUGGCGCUGCUGCUGGUGAUGCAGGAGCGCCGAUGCGCAGGACAAAAUUCAAGAAGACAGACCCUGAGACGGGUAAUAUCUCGAUAUACGAGGCCUGGGUACCUGAGGGCCAUCGUAUUGAAGGAGAGAUUACCGGCGACGUGCAGGCGAUUGCCGCGCAGAGCGAGGUGCCUGUGAAGCCAGAGGCGCCUGCGCCUGGAACCGUCGUUGAGGGUGUCGGGAUUGUCAAUGCCGAGGGCGUUGUUGUUGCAGAGGCUGGCUCAGCGGCUGUGAUGACGCCACCAAAGCGACGCCCCCCUCCCCCUAAGCGCAAGGGCAAGGGCAUUGGAAAGGGUCGGAAGAAGAAGGUCAUGUUCGCGCCAGGCGAGGGAGCUGAUGCCGCCACAGUACAUGGUAUGGGUGACGGUGCUGGUGAUGGUCAAGGAGGAAGCCAGGAUGGUUCACGAAUGUCGAUGGAUCCGAAUGGUCAAGAUGAUGACGAUGAGGAUGGCGAUGAGAGUGACGAAGGUGAUGAGGGAGAUGAGUCCAUGGUGGAUGCGAAGACUCCUGAGACCCCUCAGCCUACGUCUGGUACGGAGUCUGCUGAUCAACCUUCGAUUGAGACCCCCGCUGAGCAGUCAGUUGAUGUCGAUAUGGCAGACACUGGUCCCGACAACCAACAAGCUGCCCAAGAGCCAUCUUUAUCAGUUGGCGCUGAGACACCUUCGCAACUGCAGACCACCGAAGCUUCUCAGCCUGAAAAGGCACCUGAGAUAGACAAUACAGCCUCAAAUGCAGCUGCUGAGCCAUCAGUUGCCGUUCCCGAGACUGAAGCCUCAAGGCCCACCAAAUCUGAAGCCACAGAAGUGACGGCUGAUAUUGCACCAAAGCAAGAGGAGCCCGACGUCAGAAGUCAGCCAGAUAUUGAAAACGUCGCACCAUCUGAUGGACCCGAUAAACCUUCAGAACCCGUGCAACCUUCACUCUCGACCGAAGCUCCAGUCGAGGCUGAAGAAUCUCAACCCGCCUCAAAUGAGGCCACCUCCCAACUCGACACCGAACCCCUUUCAGCAGCUGUUGAAAAUGACCAAAACAACCAAUCCGAAAACCUCCAGCCCGACGCAGACCCAGCUGAAGCAAAAGACGUGGAAAUGAGCGAAGCUCCAGCAGCGCAUGAGCAGAACCCACUACUUAAAGAAAUCCAGUCUCCCUCAAAGCCCGAAUCGCCUCUAUCAGAACCACCAGCCGAUGAUCCUCAGCCUCCUUCAUUCGAAGUUGAUUCUACCGUGACAGAUCUCGCUCCGGCAGAGGAACCAACACCCGCUGCUGAAGAUAAGACAGAAGAUAAGACAGAACAAGCGGAUCAGCCAGCAACUGAGCCAAAUGUUCCGGUUGCGACAGCUGCUGCAGAACUCGAUCAGAGAGAUGAUCAACCCGAUGAAGUGAAGGGCGAAGUUGAGCAGCCCUCGGAUUCAGUCCCUGAGGGUGCCCCGGCCGAGUCUACAUAG